AGCCCAUCAGACCCUUCCCUCAGACCGCUGCCGACCAGGAAGAUGCAACGCGCCUUACCAGGCGCCCGCCAGCACUUGGGGGCCAUCCUGGCCAGCGCCAGCGUGGUGGUGAAGGCGCUGUGCGCGGCCGUCCUCCUCCUCUACCUGCUUUCCUUCGCUGUGGACACGGGCUGCCUGGCAGUCACCCCAGGCUACCUCUUUCCGCCCAACUUCUGGAUCUGGACCCUGGCCACCCACGGGCUGAUGGAGCAGCACGUGUGGGACGUGGCCAUCAGUCUGGCCACAGUGGUGGUGGCCGGCCGUCUGCUGGAGCCCCUCUGGGGGGCCUUGGAGCUGCUCAUCUUCUUCUCGGUGGUGAAUGUGUCCGUGGGGCUGCUGGGGGCCUUCGCCUACCUCCUCACCUACAUGGCUUCCUUCAACCUGGUCUACCUGUUCACUAUCCGGAUCCACGGCACCUUGGGCUUCCUAGGUGGGGUCCUGGUGGCACUCAAGCAAACCAUGGGGGACUGCGUGGUCCUGCGCGUGCCCCAGGUGCGCGUCAGCGUGGUGCCCAUGCUGCUGCUGGCACUGCUGCUGCUGCUGCGGCUGGCCACGCUGCUCCAGAGCCCAGCGCUGGCCUCCUACGGCUUUGGGCUGCUCUCCAGUUGGGUGUAUCUUCGCUUCUACCAGCGUCACAGCCGGGGCCGAGGGGACAUGGCCGACCACUUUGCUUUCGCCACCUUCUUUCCUGAGAUCCUACAGCCUGUGGUGGGGCUCUUGGCAAACUUGGUGCACGGCCUUCUGGUGAAGGUCAGGAUCUGCCAGAAGACGGUGAAGCGCUACGAUGUGGGCGCCCCAUCCUCCAUCACCAUCAGCCUCCCAGGCACAGACCCUCAAGACGCCGAGCGGAGAAGGCAACUGGCCCUGAAGGCCCUCAACGAGCGACUGAAGCGAGUGGAGGACCAGUCCGUGUGGCCCAGCAUGGAUGAUGAUGAAGAGGAGGCGGGGGCCAAGGUGGACAGCUCCCUGCCCUCAGACAAAGCUCCAGUGCCCCCAGGGAAAGGGGCCACCCCAGAAUCCAGUUUAAUCACCUUCGAGGCAGCUCCCCCAAAGCUGUGACUCCAGACCACCUGGAGCGUAGCACCUCCUUCCCACGCCCCGACACCCUCUCAGCUAUCUAGGGCACGUGGCUCUGAGGAGAGGGACGAAGGCCCGCUGGGGCUCCCAUGGCCUUCUGCUGUUUCUCGCCAACACUACCAGGACUCUGCUCCCUGGACCCAACUCCAGACAACCACUCUGCCGGGCCCGGGGCCCCAUCCGAAGGGGGCACCUGAGCAGGCCCCAAGCAAGCGGCUGUGGGGACAUUGGUGCCACAGCCCCCAGCCUCCUCACACCUGAAGCUGGUUGCCAAGAGCCCUGAGCCACGGCAAGGAUUUGCCAAAAAACGUUCUGGGGGCCCAGCCGACACAGGUGGCAGCAUGGGGCUGCACAUCUGCCCACCCCACAAGACUGUUCACAUCAGGAGUUCUUUCCCCUUGCUGUGGCUGUGACCGCUACUGGGCCAGGAUGGCCACACGCCCAGGUAUUUUCUACAGGACCACUUGAGCGGGCAGCCCAGCCCAGCCUCGCAGUAUCAAUAAAGCAGUUCUUUGAGGUAUGA